AUCAUGGAAAUGCGCCCUGAUUUUGCGGCUACUGGCUUUCGCAAAAAGCCACCUACCUAUACUAAAGCCGAAGCAAAAACAAUUGAGGAAGAGGCUAAGAGGAGAAGAGAAGAGAAUGACGCGCGCAAGAGAGCGUUGCGAGAUGAAAAGGCCAAACUAGAAAAGUCGAAACAUCCUUAGGGAUCACCUGCGCGCUUUCAAUCCUUUGCGCACUAUACGCAUUAGACGGAGAACUGUUCGACUUGGAAUAAAGGUGAUGUACAUACACGUCGUUAUACCCCGGCGAUCCAUCCUCUAAGUCGGCUAGACUAUAAAAGUGC